CCAUAACCGGAUACGAUCACCACCAGCGAUCAAGCUGAUGUCGGAGUUCGAUACGGAUGGUUACAUCGUGGUGUGUUUAGUAUCGUCCGUGUUUGGGAUAGCCGGUGCCAUCUAUCAGGUAUAGGAAAAAAAAGAAAGUUCUCAGGGCUAUCGGGGAACCGUGACAGAGGACAGAGCAUUCAAAGGCACAUGAAAGAAGCCGGCAGUGCCGGGAAGCUCCCCAAGUGCGGUUCAUUUUGGUUUCGUCGGGUUUUGUGUUUCACGGUACUAUCGGUUCGGAAGGAAAGUUGAAAAAAUAGUGACUGGGACCGGGACACAGAAACGAAUUUGGACGAGUGCACGGAGAAUCAUUUGUGUUUGUGUGUGUGCAAAUGGUGUAGUUAAGAAUGGCCUCUAAAGCCCAAUGUUAGUAUCUUGGAUGAAUCUUUCGGCGAGGUCAUUCGCUUUGUCAGUUUUAUCUGGUGUUAUCUUCAGGCGAGAUCUUACACCAUCACGAGAUGGUUUAGAGAUAUUGUUGUGUUUAUCUUGUACCUCGCCAGAUCAGUUUUAAAUCUUGCCGGAAAGAAUUUAUAUGAACUGGGAGACUACAGAUUCAUCUAAGUAAUAAAACCUGGUCAAAUAAUCACAUCAGUGAUCUUUUCUUGCUCGUAUAUACCCACUAGUGGUGAAAUUGACUUACGAGACGUUAAGCCCUUAUCACCUUGAAAGAAUUGCCUUUCGGAAAGUCUCCAUCCGAUUUUUACUGGUGCGCAUUUCCUGUACUCGUCAUUCAGUACCAUUAUCAGCUUAUUUCAGCUACUUGCUACAGUUGAAAUUAAAUAAACAAAAAACAAACUCCAUUUAGGAAUGUGAUCCCACCCGUGAUCGCUUCCUUGUUGUAUGUUGACUGGUAUUUGCGAUCACUCUGCUUGACCUAGGUUACUACAGUUUUUGUGUACGUAUAGUAACGAGUAAUGAGUCGAACGUUUCUGACAUAAUCAUCCAUUUUUUUGGGAGUUGAUUAGACUUUUCUCCCAAUUAAUCCCCAUGACCUCCCGCACAGGUUAAUAAUCUCCAUGCAGGAGAAGAAGAUUUGGAUCCGACACGAGGAUGGUCCCACACACCAUGCUGUACGGCGAAGGCGCGGUGGCGAACUUACCUUAUCAAGCCAAAACUUAGGCCGGCAGAUCAUUGUCUGGCUGGCGGUGGCGGACCUGUGCGCUUCGUUCGGUGUUUUCCUUCGGUCGGCCCUGUGGAAGUACAUCAAAGAUGUUCUACCACCGGAUAGUGACGUGGACGAUACGACGAACGUCAUUUUCUGUGCCGUUUCUUCCGCCUGGAUACAGUACUUCUAUAUGUGCACCUGGCUGUGGACACUUUGCUACGCCAUCAACGUACGAAGACAGCUCGGUGGAGCACGGUACGCACUGCGGACAUAUCACUACUACGUGUGGAGCAUAUCGGCACUGUUAACUGGCAUCGGAUUGACAGUGCUUUAUGUGCCAGAUGCAGACUGCCAUAACGUACACGAUAUGACGACGGCGUACAUGCGCAUCUUGCCCAAUUAUGUGAUGACUUACGGACCAAUGAUAGCGGUAAUGAUCGCUAAUCCGGUGAUCUACUAUCAGGCAUCUCGGGAAGUCGAUCGACAACUAGUGGCACGCUUUAGCCAAAUGUCCAACACCGAGCGGGAUUUGAUGACGAAGUUUAAGCUAAAGUUUUCACUCAUAAAUCUCGUAUUUUACGUCUGCUGGCUACCGAAUCUUGUGAACGGUAUCGUACUGUGGACGAUGUGGUUCAAUCUGCCCUUUUCGAUGGUUAUCACCGUGUGGUAUAUAAUGGCUAUUACGAAUCCUCUACAGGCAUUCUUUAAUUCUCUUGUGUAUCAAAAAUGGAACUGUCGGUGGCGAUUACGCCGUCAGGGGAGUUCCGAUUCUAGUGCUGAACUUAGACGACGCAACCGUACCUCAAUGGUGUACAACGAAGGAACGCCAUUGUUGCAGGCAAAAAUGGAUUCACCGUCCGCUUCAACCUUACACCUCAACCAACCAUCCGUCGAACUGAUUCCGACACCGACUCGAAGCAUCAAUUCCUGCUCGCUAGUAUGACGCCGGGUAUGUUACUUAAUGUGCCGUGUUGGAUAUAAUACCACCGCCCGGACAAACUGGAUUAACUACGGAUCUGGUGAAAUAAAUACCGGGUUUAGUCACGUGCUUUGGCGUAAAUGGUUGCUUCGGGAAGGUAAACUCACGUUAGGACCGUUUGACGAUGUGGAUGUUAAGUCCGACAAGGAUCUGUUAUUAGGAGGCAUCAGGAUGUUUUAUCUUAAGGAGCUAUUUUAGUGUAAGUGCUUAAAGAUAAACCGAAAUACACUGUACCGGUAAGCGCCUUGCAGCAGAUUAAAUAAUAAGUUAUCGGUUAAACCGAGUAUGGUCUACGGUCGUUAGCUCAAGUUAGUUAAUAGUUAAAGUGAGUGUUUGCAGCAGAAAGGCACACACUUCAACAACAUGCGAUCAAACACUCUGAACGCAAUGAAACCAAAUAAAACGACACAUUCUUUUGUAUCCUUUAAACUCUAGAAAGUUUAUUAUAGUUCUACCUUUCAUUAUAGCGUAUGUCUAGCUUAAAAUAUACACAUUUUCUUGAUUA